GCGCCGGCCGCGGAGGCGCCGGCCGCGGAGGCGCUGGCCGCGGAGGCGGCCGCGGCGGCGCGGAGGCAUCGGUCGGCGGGGGGCGCGGCCGCGGCGGCGGCCGCGGAGGCGAGGGGGCGCAGGGCGGCAGGCCGGGAGGCUGGAAGAAGUGCAAGACCUGCGGCCAGCGCGGGCACACCGCCAGCGAGUGCCCGCAGGCGGCGGCGUGCACCCACUGCGGCAGCCCCGAGCACACCACGAAGCGCUGCACCUUCGGCGCGAGGCCCGGGGAGUGGUGCCUCCCCUGCGCCGGCGCGGGCGGGGCCGGGCCGGACCGCCUGCCCUGCUUCUGGCGCCGCUUCCUGGUGCCCCUGCGCCGUGGGGACGCGGAGGCCUUCGACCCCAGGGACCCCCGCGGCGCGGGCCGCGUGGACGUCGGGCUGAACUCAAUCAACUCCGCCCUGUUCCGGAGCCAGGGCCUGCGGCGCAACUGCCAGGUCUGCCUCGCCUUCGAGGCCAGCGGGCACACGCUCGAGGUCUCAGGCGCGCUGGUGCGCGACCUGCGCCCGGACGAGCACUCGCUGGCGCUGCGCGUGCGGGCGGGCCUGGACGCGCUGCUGAAGGAGGGCUGCGCCGCGCCAGACCCGCAGCAGCACCCCGAGGCGUGGUCGGCCAGCCCGCUGCGGGGCUUCGUCGCGCGCAGGCGCAGCCUGGCCAAGAGUUUGGCCGCAGCGCUCCGCGAGGAGCCUCCCGCCGGGGCGGCCGAGGGGGCCGAGCCCGCCGGACGCGGCCGCGUCGUGGUGCUGCUGCUGGCCCUGGACGGGUUGCCCAUCGGCGGUCUGGGCUUGCCGAUCGCGAGGCAGGGCCUGCGCGCAGCUGCGCCAGGGCGAGCCGUUGCGGGGCGUCGUCGCCAUCGUGGGCGACGACCGGGGGUUGCCCCCCGAGGAGGAGGCGGCGCUCGCCGACCUCGCGGCGGGGCGCGGCGCGGAGGUGCUGCGCGUUUCCCUCGGCGGCACCAUGCUACUCGCGUCGCACGCGGUGGUGCUGCUGCAGCACUACCUGGACGAGAAGCUCCACACGUGCGAGAGCGGAAG